GUCCAACAACUCCUCUACGCCUUCGGCGACACCGACCACCCUCUCCCCCUAACCGUCACAACCCUCGACGAGAUACUCACCGAAUUCAUCAUCGAAACCUGCCACGCCGCCGCCCUCUGCGCAUCCUACUCGCGCCGGCAAAAAAUAAAAGUCGACGACUUCCGAUGGGUCCUCCGGCAGAACCCCGCGCUUCUAGGGAGGGUGUCAGAGUACAUGUUCCGGGAGAAGUUCAUGAAGAAUGCGCGCAAAGCGGUGGAUAUGGAUGGGUUGCAGAAGGAGAGUGCGGCGAAUCUGGCGGAUUUGGCGGAGGUGGGAGGGGCGGAUAAGGAGGAUUUGAAGGGUGGGAAGAAGGGACGGGGGAGAGGGAGGAAGAAGAGGAAGGUGGAGGAUGGGGAUGAGGUGGGUGGGGGUGGGAAGAGGGUGGAGUUGGGGUAG